UGUGCUGACAGCUCCCCCAGUGUGGGGCUUGAACCCAUGAACCAUGAGAUCAUGACCUGAGCUGAAAUCAAGACACUGGACCAACUGAGCCAUCCAGGCGCCCCUGAACUUUGAAUUCUUACUUAGAUGGUUAAGAAUUUUAUAUAAUCUGUGCUGCAUUGUAUUGAAUAUUACCUAAUUUAAUGCAUAUAACCAUUUAAUUUUUAUGAACUAUUUGUCAUCAAUUUAAGACACAGAAGAAAGAAUUCAUAUACCAUAUAAAUAAAAAUACCUUAUGGUAUUAAGUUCAUGUCUUCCUGUUGAUAAUUCUCCAAACUUGAAUAGUAAGUAAACCUUGAGAAAAAAUAUUUGUAGGAAAACUGUACUAAAAGUCCUUGAAAUUGACUGAACUGCCUUGCCACCUUUCUUUUCUCCCUUUUUUUGUUUUGAAUAGCCAGGGUAUUUUUGAAAGAAGAACUGAAAGUCCCUAGAAGGAGCAGAUGAUUUUAACUCCAAAAUUAGGAAAUAUAUGGCACUAUGUAGUGAUCAGUAUGCUCUCUAUAGCAGCAUAUGCUGUUCUAAAGUAUAAAAAGAGAUAAUGUGAUAAUGAAUCUCAUUCUAAUUUUUGAGGACUUUAGUUCUGCAGUGAAAUCCACAGAGAGUUAAACUGUUACAAACAGCAUUCUGGCCAGAAUUUACAAUCAAGAGGAAAUUAAGACUCUUUAGAUGUCUUUUUCUCAACAUUGCAGGCCAGUGUUAAUGUUGAUGCUACUGUUUUAAGAAUGUGGUAAUACCAUCGUCAUCUUCUUAAGAUAAAAAGAAAAAUUCUAAAAACACUUUUUACAGGUAUACUUAGUAUAGCACCUCAGUUCUUCCCCAUUAUUAACAUAACUGUCGUCAUCUUCCUUACUACGGAUAUUGGUGUCAGCUCUGAGGCACUAUAUUAUGCUUUUGUCAUGGUAGGCAUAAUCUCCAUUAUGUGACCAAAAUUGUGCAUGGAGUGAUGUUAGGCUGACUGUACCUUUUACUUUUUCUUAAGUAUUGAAUACCCUCAGGAAGUAGGGUUAGGGUUUGGCUUUUAUAGGGGACAUUUGGCUGCCUAGAAACAUUAAGAUAUGAAGUAAUUUAAAUGGUAGUCUGUCUGAUAAAACAGAGUUAGUGAUCCCUUAUAAUCCUUUCCUUACCAUCGAUGAAUUGAAACAAGACUGAAUAAAUCUAUAAAUCUAUUUAGCCCUAAAACCUAAUAAGGGAUCAAGAAGCUGAUACUACAUCUUGUUUUGUUUUGUUUUGUUUUUAGUCACAAACUCUUGUGAGGAUUAACUCAGGAGAUUUUAUUUGCAGACCUAGAGAAGAGUAAAGAUUAUGCCAUUGUGUCUCAGUAAAAUAUCAAAUGUAAUCAGAAGCCUAAUUGAAAAGUCUUUUGUUAAGUUCUUCUAUUGGGGCAGAUCACUGUCAGUUAUUGCACUCAUAAGCCUAGUAAUCAGGAAGGCUAAUGUGUCUUUCAGGACUCUGGCAGACAGUACGGCCCCAACUGAGUAUUACAUUUUGUCAUAGCCUGACUUCCUGAUUUCAUCUUUCACCAAUCUCUCAUUUGGCCUCUUGAGCAGCUUAAUCAUCAUGUGCUGCAAAUUCUCAUUUAUGUUAAAUGAUUCUAAGCUGGGUCCAGCUGAGGUCUGGACAUCCAGGCAGGCUCUGCAGGACCUGUACCAGAAAAUGCUAGUUACUGAUUUGGAAUACGCUUUAGACAAGAAAGUAGAACAGGAUCUCUGGAAUCAUGCCUUUAAGAAUCAGAUCACAACACUACAAGGCCAGGCAAAGAAUCGAGCAAACCCGAAUCGGAGUGAAGUUCAGGCAAACCUAUCUCUGUUCCUAGAGGCAGCUAGUGGCUUCUAUACUCAGUUAUUACAAGAACUGUGUACGGUGUUUAAUGUAGAUUUACCAUGCCGUGUGAAGUCUUCCCAAUUGGGAAUUAUCAGCAAUAAACAGACGCAUACCAGCGCCAUAGUGAAGCCACAGUCUAGCUCCUGUUCCUAUAUCUGCCAGCACUGCCUCGUCCACCUUGGAGACAUUGCUCGAUACAGAAACCAGACCAGCCAGGCAGAGUCCUACUAUAGGCAUGCAGCUCAGCUUGUCCCCUCUAAUGGUCAGCCUUACAAUCAGUUGGCUAUCUUAGCUUCUUCCAAAGGAGACCAUCUGACCACAAUUUUCUACUACUGCAGAAGCAUCGCUGUGAAGUUCCCGUUCCCAGCUGCCUCCACUAAUCUACAAAAAGCACUUUCUAAAGCACUGGAAAGCCGGGAUGAGGUGAAAACCAAAUGGAGUGUUUCUGACUUCAUCAAGGCCUUUAUUAAAUUCCACGGUCAUGUGUACCUGAGUAAGAGCUUGGAAAAGUUGAGCCCACUUCGAGAGAAAUUGGAAGAACAGUUUAAGAGGCUGCUGUUCCAAAAAGCUUUCAACUCUCAGCAGUUAGUUCACGUCACUGUCAUCAACCUGUUUCAACUUCAUCACCUUCGUGACUUCAGCAAUGAAACAGAGCAGCAUAGUUAUAGCCAAGACGAGCAGCUGUGUUGGACACAGUUGCUGGCCCUCUUUAUGUCUUUUCUUGGCAUCCUGUGCAAGUGUCCUCUCCAGAACAAGUCUCAGGAGGAGUCCUACAAUGCCUAUCCCCUUCCUGCAGUCAAGGUCUCCAUGGACUGGCUGAGACUCAGACCCAGGGUCUUUCAGGAGGCAGUGGUAGAUGAAAGACAGUACAUUUGGCCCUGGCUAAUUUCUCUUCUAAAUAGUUUCCAUCCCCAUGAAGAGGAUCUUUCAAGUACUAAUGCUACACCACUUCCAGAGGAGUUUGAGUUACAAGGAUUCUUGGCUUUGAGACCUUCUUUCAGGAACUUGGAUUUCUCCAAAGGCCACCAGGGUAUUACAGGAGACAAAGAAGGUCAGCAACGACAAAUACGACAGCAGCGCUUGAUCUCUAUAGGCAAAUGGAUUGCUGAUAAUCAGCCAAGGCUGAUUCAGUGUGAAAAUGAGGUAGGGAAAUUGUUGUUUAUCACAGAAAUUCCUGAGUUAAUACUGGAAGACCCCAGUGAAGCCAAAGAGAACCUCAUUCUGCAAGAAACAUCCAUGAUAGAGUCACUGGCUGCGGACGGGAACCCAGGACUGAAAUCAGUGCUGUCCACGGGCCGUAAUCUAAGCAACAACUGUGACACAGGAGAGAAACCAAUGGUCACCUUCAAAGAGAACAUUAAGCCGCGCGAAGUGAACAGAGACCAAGGAAGAAGUUUUCCUCCCAAAGAGGUGAGAAGGGACUAUAGCAAAGGAAUAACUGUAACUAAGAAUGAUGGAAAGAAGGACAACAACAAGAGGAAAACAGAAACCAAGAAAUGCACCUUAGAAAAGUUACAGGAAACAGGAAAGCAGAAUGUGGCAGUGCAGGUGAAAUCCCAGACAGAACUAAGAAAGACUCCAGUGUCUGAAGCCAGGAAAACACCUGUAACUCAAACCCCAAGUCAAGCAAGUAACUCCCAGUUCAUCCCCAUUCAUCACCCUGGAGCCUUCCCUCCUCUUCCUAGCCGGCCAGGGUUCCCGCCCCCAACAUAUGUUAUUCCCCCUCCUGUGGCAUUUUCUAUGGGCUCAGGUUACACCUUCCCAGCUGGUGUUUCUGUCCCAGGAACCUUUCUUCAGCCUACAGCUCACUCUCCAGCAGGAAACCAGGUGCAAGCUGGGAAACAGUCCCACAUUCCUUACAGCCAGCAACGGCCCUCUGGACCAGGGCCAAUGAACCAGGGACCUCAACAGCCACAGCCACCUUCCCAGCAACCCCUUACAUCUUUACCAGCUCAGCCGACAGCACAGUCCACAAGCCAGUUGCAGGUUCAAGCUCUAGCUCAGCAGCAAUCCCCCACAAAAGCCGUGCCGGCUUUGGGGAAAAGCCCUCCUCACCACUCUGGGUUCCAGCAGUAUCAACAGGCAGAUGCCUCCAAACAGCUGUGGAAUCCCCCUCAGGUUCAAGGCCCAUUAGGGAAAAUCAUGCCUGUGAAACAGUCCUACUACCUUCAGCCCCAAGACCCCAUAAAACUGUUUGAGCCGUCAUUGCAACCUCCUGUAAUGCAGCAGCAGCCUCUAGAGAAAAAAAUGAAGCCUUUUCCCAUGGAGCCAUAUAACCAUAAUCCCUCAGAAGUCAAGGUCCCAGAGUUCUACUGGGAUUCUUCCUACAGCAUGGCUGAUAACAGAGCUGUCAUGGCCCAGCAAGCAAGUGUGGACCGCAGAGGCAAACGGUCACCAGGAGUCUUCCGUCCAGAGCAGGAUCCUGUGCCCAGGAUGCCAUUUGAGGACCCCAAGGGCUCCCCUCUGCUUCCUCCGGACCUGUUAAAGAGUCUGGCUGCCUUGGAGGAAGAGGAAGAGCUGAUUUUUUCUAACCCUCCUGAUCUUUACCCAGCUCUGCUGGGCCCUCUCGCCUCUCUUCCUGGACGGAGCCUCUUUAAAUCCUUGUUGGAGAAGCCCUCGGAGCUCAUGUCACACUCAUCCUCUUUCUUGUCCCUCACCGGAUUCUCUCUCAAUCAGGAAAGAUACCCAAAUAACAGUAUGUUCAAUGAGGUAUAUGGGAAGAACCUGACAACCAGCUCCAAAACAGAACUUAAUCCUUCGCUGGGCCCCCAGGAGACAUCACUGUACUCCCUCUUUGAAGGGACCCCGUGGUCUCCAUCACUUCCUGCCAGUUCAGAUCAUUCAACACCAGCCAGCCAGUCUCCCCAUUCCUCUAACCCAAGCAGCCUGCCGAGUUCCCCUCCAACACAUAACCAUAAUUCUGUUCCAUUCUCCAACUUUGGACCUAUCGGGACUCCAGAUAACAGGGAUAGGAGAACUGCAGAUCGGUGGAAAACUGAUAAGCCAGCCAUGGGUGGGUUCGGCAUUGAUUAUCUCUCAGCAACAUCAGCCUCUGAGAGCAGUUGGCAUCAGGCCAGCACUCCAAGUGGCACCUGGACAGGCCACGGCCCCAUGGAGGAUUCCUCUGCUGUCCUCAUGGAAAGCCUAAAGUCUAUCUGGUCCAGUUCCAUGAUGCAUCCUGGACCUUCCGCUCUGGAGCAGCUGUUAAUGCAGCAGAAACAGAAACAGCAGCGGGGACAAGGCGCCAUGAACCCUCCACACUGAGGCCAGAGUGGCAACCCUGGGAACGAAGGCUCCAUAAACCAUGGCAUGUUGGGUUUGCAGGACUGGCCCGUACAGUCCCCUGCAGGUGGCAGCCCUCUCUUCUGUCUCUUGCUGUCGAGAGGGUGUAAGCGUUCCACCAGCGCGCUGAGUGUGCACGAAAUGUCCGCAGUGCAACAAAAAGAAAAAACCAUCAGGAACUCUCUGUCCCCCCAGGGCCUUCCGGAGGGAGAGAGGAACUGCUGUUUGUUUUCACUCAGUUACCUGAUGUCACCGCCUCUCACCUUCCCCGUCGUGCAUGCCCCCAGCCACAAGGGAAGUGAAAGCUGAGAAGGGGAGGCAGGUGGGAGAAGCCGGCGGGAACUUCUCGGUCCUGUUUUCCUCUCUGGGGAAUAAAAUAGGAAUCCAUUAAUGAUUGCUUUGCUGACUGAGAAUGUAGUUGAGAUUAUUCCUGAACAUCUUUUAUUAUUGUUAUUACUCUCGGUAGUAUAAUGUCACACUGAAUUCUUCCAUACACAACGUGCUUCUUCUAGUCAGUGUGUAGCAAGGAAAAGCCCCGCUCGCUGCUCCUGCGAGAGGUUGGUGGUGACAGGAUGAGGGAAACGGACCUCUUCGGCCAGUGGCAGUGCUCCACGAGGGAGAGUCCAAGGCCUCAACUUUCACUCAGAAGGUUCUGGCGGCCCUCCUCUGGCCUGGAGACUCCGGCAGGAAAUGCCCUUCACUCUGUAGGUGCUCGAGCCCCGAUCGAGGAUGCAGUAUGGGUGGUGGUGCUGGGCUGGACUGGCAGAUGACUGCUGGAAGAUUUUAAAUUAAUGUUUUUGAUUCCUGUACAUUUUACCGUAGCGUAGCGAGCAGUCUCACGGAAGGCAGGCUGGUCCAUUCGUGGCCUGAUACAUUUUAAUAGGUAGAAGCUUUCAGUGUGGUUAUUUUUUGUUCGAUUGGUUUUUGUGACCCCAUCCUGCUUACCACCCACCUCCUCCUGUCCCUACCUCCAUCCCUUUUCUGCCCUGUGCUGUAUGCUAGUAAUUGUUUCUGUUCCUGAUGUGUACGACAUCUCGCCGAGAAGCAACAGCAUGGGGUCCAGCAGUUGGGGCCCAAAAGACAGUCCAAGGAGGAAGGAAGCGGCGGCGUCUGCGUGCGUGCACCGCAGGCCAGGCCCCGGCCCAGCUGCGUCCCCCGACCUCCACUGUCAGAGUGAAAUUCAAGGCAACAUGGACACAUGUGCACCAUGCACAGAAGAAAACACAACGAAGUCCAUUCUGGAAAAGGCGAAAGAAAGGAAAAUAAACUUUUAUUUGGUAUUUAUUAGAAGGAAAGAGGACUGAACAUUUUCUUGUGUAGAAACAGAAGGACAGCAUUUCUGUUAGUUCCUGGAAGAGUAAUAUUUUAAGGGGAAAUGAUGGAAACAAUCUAAAUGUCCAAUUGCUGUGCUAGUGGUAGGGUCUGUUUCUGGGAGGUCUCUCCUGUGUGUGUGUGUGUGUGUGUGUGUGUGUGUGUGCGCGCGCGCGCGUGCACCCAUCUGCCCAUCUGCUCUCCUGGGGGGAAGGGGAGUGUGUGUGAGUGUAUGGAGUCAGCGUGGGACUCACAAACUGGAAAACAGCUGCAGAGCAAAGCACAUCCAGGAGCCCCGGGUGUCGCUAGAGUCUGGGCAGCCCCAGUGAUGAAAGGGGUGAGGUGAAUGCUCGUUGCUCUUCAGAGAGUGGUUGGAGCCCCGUAGGCUCACAGUAUUGCUCCUUAAGUUUGACGUGGUGUUUGGGGAUUUUUGUUUCUGUUUUUUGUUGUUUUUGGAAAGGUCUGAAAGGGUGAAGCCCCCCACCCAAUGGCAAUAUGAAACCCUCUGUGCUUCUCCCCAGCUCCUUCCCUGGGUCCACCUCUCUCCCAGUCCCUCCUUGCCCACUACCUUGACCCACUCUGUGUGUUUGAGCUCUGCAUUCAGGCAGCUGUAACAUUCCAGUGUUCGAGCUGUCCCUGAGUCUCACACCCCAGACGAGCUAGCCAGGUUCACUCUCUCACUCCAGUCCUGCCAGGGUCCCAUCUGCAGCCCCGUUUCUGCAUGAGAAUUUGGUGUUUGGAAUGUUUUCUGAUUCUUGGGGCGGGGUUUCUCGCCUAAUCAUCCUCAACGUGGAGUAAUGAGGAGGGAGAGGAGAAUCUUCAUCAGAAACUGGUUUUGUGUAGUAAACCUUCUCUUCUGUUUUUGUUUUUUUGUUUUGUUUUUUGUUUUUUGUUUUGGUCUGUCUGUGCAAGACCUGCAGCUGCUGAAAUCAGCUUUGCCUUUAAUUAAACCAUGUUCUCUCCAACCAGA